CUCUACGAAACAAGGCGCGAAAUCACAUAUUGCACAUUUGAAAGGUUUAUAAAUUAAGAAUUUUCAGAAACUGUUUAACCAAUUGGGGAAAAUCAAUUUUAAAAAAAUAUAAGAAGAAAAAUGAGCAGUUUUGCAGGCAAAAGAAAGUUUCCUGAGAACGGCAAUGCAAACAAAAAUGGAAAUGCCGCUGCAGGAAAACAACAAAAGAAAUGGAACGAUGACGAGGAUGAUGAUUUCGAUGGUAUGGAUUUCGAUAUGGCUGGAGAUGGCGCUGAUGAUAAGGAUGCACUUCUAGGGGAAGGUCCGGAGAACCAACAAACCUCAGUGAAAUGGUCACGAGUUGAUCCACCAAAUUUAGAUCCUUCCUCUGACGAAUUGACAUUUCAACAAAUAGAUAUAGAAAACUACUUGGGCGACCCGCUGCCAGGCAUGCCAGGCCCACAGAUUGGUCCGGUACCAAUAAUACGCAUGUUUGGUAUAACGAUGGAAGGCAAUUCAGUUUGCUGUCAUGUGCAUGGCUUCUGUCCUUACUUCUAUAUAGCAGCACCACGUAGUUUUGAACGUAAUCACUGCAAUGCCUUACGCGAAGCUUUAGACAAAAAAGUUUUAGCAGAUAUGCGCAGCAACAAGAAUAACGUUCAGGAAGCUGUGUUAGAGGUGCAACUCGUUGAGCGCCUCAAUAUUUACGGUUAUCAAGGAGAUGAGAAGCAACGCUAUAUAAAAAUAACAGUUACAAUGCCUAAACUGGUUGCAGCGGCAGUGCGUUUGCUUACACAUCAAAUUGUGAUGUCGGAUUUCGAUUUUCAAGACUGUCGUGCAUUCGAAAGCAAUAUUGACUUCGAUGUACGUUUCAUGGUUGACACACAUGUAGUGGGUUGUAAUUGGAUUGAAUUGCCUGCGGGCACAUGGCGUAUGCGCAGCAAAAAUACCAAACCAAUGCCAGAAUCACGUUGUCAAAUCGAAGUGGAUGUGGCGUAUGACAAAUUCAUAUCACAUGAACCUGAAGGAGAGUGGUCUAAGGUAGCGCCUUUUCGCAUACUCUCAUUCGAUAUUGAGUGUGCCGGUCGCAAAGGUAUUUUCCCUGAAGCUAAAAUGGAUCCUGUUAUACAGAUCGCCAACAUGGUUAUACGACAAGGUGAUCCCGAACCUUUCAUAAGAAACGUGUUUACUUUAAAUAAUUGUGCGCCUAUUGUUGGCUCCGAAGUGCGUUGCUUUCCAAAAGAGACUGAACUGCUAGACGCGUGGUCAAGUUUUGUGCGCGAAGUCGAUCCGGAUAUUUUAACCGGCUAUAAUAUAAAUAAUUUUGAUAUACCCUACCUGCUCAACCGUGCGGCACACUUGAAGGUGAAGAAUUUUGAAUAUCUCGGACGCAUACGAAAUAUACGCUCAGUUAUUAAAGAACAAGUGUUGCAAUCCAAGCAAAUGGGUAGACGUGAAAACAAGUAUGUGAACUUUGAAGGGCGUGUGCCCUUCGAUUUGCUUUUCGUGCUGCUGCGUGAGUAUAAAUUGCGUUCGUACACACUAAAUGCCGUGAGUUAUCACUUCUUGCAAGAGCAGAAGGAAGAUGUGCAUCACAGCAUAAUCACAGAUUUACAAAAUGGUGAUGAGCAAACGCGACGUCGUCUGGCUAUGUAUUGUCUUAAGGAUGCCUACUUACCGUUGCGUUUGCUGGACAAACUAAUGUGUAUUGUCAAUUACAUGGAAAUGGCAAGGGUCACAGGUGUACCAUUGGAAUCGCUGUUAACACGUGGACAACAGAUUAAAGUGCUUAGCCAACUGCUGCGUGCUGCACGUACCAAGGGGUUUAUAAUGCCCGCAUACCAGUCGAAGGCGUCUGAAGAUCAAUAUGAGGGCGCUACUGUAAUAGAACCGAAACGCGGUUAUUACGCCGAUCCCAUAGCAACACUCGAUUUUGCUUCGCUAUAUCCUAGUAUUAUGAUUGCGCAUAAUCUCUGCUAUACCACGUUAGUGCAACCAGGUAUGAAAGAGAAGCUCGGCCUGGCGGAUUCAAAAGUAGAACGUACGCCCGCCAACAACACAUUUGUGCGCUCUGAAGUGCGUAACGGUUUGCUACCGGAAAUUCUACAAUCGCUGUUGGCGGCGCGUAAACGUGCCAAAAACGAUUUGAAGGUGGAAAAAGAUCCUUUCCGACGUAAAGUGCUCGAUGGUCGUCAAUUGGCUUUGAAAAUAUCUGCCAAUUCAGUGUAUGGUUUUACGGGCGCGCAGGUCGGCAAAUUACCUUGUUUGGAAAUAUCGGGCAGUGUUACCGCUUAUGGACGCACUAUGAUUGAGUUAACCAAAAAUGAGGUGGAAAACCAUUACAAAAUCUCGAAUAAUUAUGAGAAUGAUGCAGUGGUCAUUUACGGUGACACCGAUUCGGUGAUGGUGAAUUUUGGUGUGAAAACGUUAGAACGCGCCAUGGAACUGGGACGUGAAGCGGCCGAAAUAGUGAGCGCCAAGUUUGUGCGCCCAAUUAAAUUGGAAUUCGAAAAGGUUUACUAUCCAUACUUGCUAAUCAAUAAGAAACGUUAUGCAGGCUUGUAUUUCACGCGUCCCGAAACUUAUGACAAAAUGGAUUGCAAAGGCAUUGAAACCGUACGCCGCGACAACUCACCGCUUGUCGCGAAUCUGAUGAACACUUGCUUACAAAAGUUGCUCAUCGAGCGUAAUCCCGAGGGCGCCGUAGAAUACGCCAAACGUGUCAUAGCCGAUUUGCUCUGCAAUCGUGUUGACAUCUCGCAGCUUGUGAUUACCAAAGAACUGGCAAAGACUGAUUAUGCUGCUAAGCAGGCGCAUGUGGAAUUGGCGAAUAAAAUGAAGAAACGUGAUCCGGGCACAGCGCCUAAAUUGGGCGAUCGUGUACCUUAUGUGAUUUGUGCGGCGGCCAAGAAUACACCCGCCUACAUGAAGGCCGAGGAUCCACUGUAUGUGCUGGAGAAUUGUGUGCCCAUUGACGCCAACUACUAUCUGGAACAACAAUUGUCGAAACCUUUGUUGCGCAUAUUUGAACCGCUGCUCGGUGAUCGCGCUGAGUCUAUAUUGUUGAAGGGCGAACACACACGCACACGUUCCGUAGUGACCUCAAAGGUUGGUGGCCUCGCUGGUUUUAUGACGAAAAAAUCCUCUUGCCUUGGCUGUCGUGCGCUGAUGCCGAAUGGUUAUGAGAAAGCCGCCUUGUGUCCGCAUUGUGAGCCACGCAUGAGCGAGUUGUAUCAACGCGAAAUCGUCGCGAAACGUUCGCUGGAAGAGACUUUCGAUCGCUUAUGGACCGAGUGCCAACGUUGCCAGGGUUCACUGCAUGAGGAGGUUUUGUGUUCAAAUCGUGAUUGCCCGAUUUUCUACAUGCGUCAAAAGAUACGCAUGGACUUGGAUACGCAGGAGAAGCGUGUACAACGUUUCGGUGCGCCGGAUUGGUAACGGAUUAACCGUUAAUUUCGCAUGUGUAGUUUAUAAGUGCUUAGUGCCUGAUUGUGAAUCGGUUACUAAAAAUUACUGUAUUUAUAUUUUAUUUGUUUUCCUGAGAGCUUGUGAAAUGCUCUGCCGAGAUUUGAUUUGUCUGAUAAUAAAUUUAAAUUGUUGAGAAAAUAUGUGUGAUGUGUGAUUGUUAUUGAGUGUGGUACUUGACUUGUGGUGGUAGUGAGAUUUUAGGAAUAGUGCCGUAAGUAAUUAUUAUCGUACUUAAUUCUUGGAAUAGUUAGAUUUACGUGACAUUAAGGAUUGUGUGUUCUUUAAAGUAUCUAACACACUCACAGACUGCCUUAUAUAAUCUUGAACACAGUGAACUUCACAAUAGAAAAAAAUCAUUUGAUAUUUCUACACUUAAUAAACUUUGCGCGGUUUGUUUUUAGUUAAUACCACAGCUUUAUAUUUUUAUCGUUUUUAUUAAUGCUAUAUUGUUUUUUUUUACAAAGAUACCGCGCCAAUCGUUGACUAAAAACUAAAAAAAAAAUACUACAAUGCGCGUUGGUAGUGAAAGCGCAGCGCCACCCUAUUUUUAAGACUUUUAAUAUUAAUUCAUGUUUUAUCCGAACCGAACUAGAAAAUUAAUUGCUGAUUAUU